GUGGUGGCGGCGGCGCGGGGCAACAUGGCGGAGCGGCUGCGGGACGGGGUGCGGAUAUUCACCCUCUGCCUGUGCUGGUACACGGUCAGCUCCGGCGGGAAUGUCAUCAACAAGAUGAUCCUGAACAGUUUUCCGUAUCCGGUCACCGUGUCUCUGUUCCACAUCCUCUCCAUCUGCGCCUUCAUGCCGCCGCUGAUCCGCGCCUGGAACAUCCCGCCGGCGGCCGAGCUGCCGCCGCGCUACUUCCUCCGCCUGGUGCUGCCGCUCGCCUUCGGCAAGUACUUCGCCUCGGUGACGGCCCACAUCAGCAUCUGGAAAGUACCCGUGUCGUACGCGCACACAGUUAAGGCCACCAUGCCUAUUUGGGUGGUGUUACUGUCUCGUAUCAUCAUGAAGGAGAAGCAAACUAUGAAGGUCUACAUGUCACUGGUCCCUAUCAUAUCUGGAGUUUUCUUGGCAACAGUGACUGAACUCUCCUUUGACAUUUGGGGACUAAUUAGUGCACUUGCUGCCACCCUCUGCUUCUCUCUUCAGAACAUCUUCUCCAAGAAGGUGCUGAGGGAUACAAGGAUGCAUCACCUCCGACUACUCUAUAUCCUUGGAUGUUAUGCUGUCAUCUUUAUGGUUCCAACUUGGAUCCUUGUUGAUCUCUCUGCAUUUUUUAUUAACAGCUCGGUAACAGAUACCUCGCACUGGCACUGGACCCUUAUAUUGCUGAUCAUCAGUGGUUUCUGUAACUUUGCUCAGAACAUGGUUGCCUUCAGUAUCCUGAACCUCAUCAGCCCGCUGAGCUACUCAGUGGCCAAUGCUACCAAGAGGAUCAUGGUGAUCACUGUGUCCCUCCUAUUGCUGCAAAACCCAGUCACGAGUACCAACAUCAUGGGGAUGAUGACUGCUAUUGUCGGAGUGUUUGCCUAUAAUAAGGCUAAAUAUGAUGCCAAUCAAGAGGCCAAGAGGAAGUUGCUCCCAGUAUCUUCAGGGGAUCUUGUUUCCCUUAAUCGACAUCAAGAACUGUCUGCUGAGCAGAAGGUGCUGCUGAAUGGGACUGCACUGUAUCCUCAGCACACUGAGUACCAGUACGGACGGACUGGCCUGCUGGCAGAACAGUCACAGUACAAUCGGCAGACCAGCAUUGGAACCACCUUUGUGUCCAAUCGAUUUGAUGUCUAGACUUAUGAACAGAAACAUCCGUUAACUUAUUCUGUGCACUAACGGAAACUCUGUCAACUGAUAGAUUUUAUCAAGAGACCUCACCCGAGGUACUAUCAUUUUAAUUUUCUGGUAAUGGAGGGAACUCUGUAAUUUGGACUGGAUGACGAUCUGUUUUACAUUCUGUGUUGUGUCACUGUUUAUCUAGCAUUCACUCUGCUUAGCAUUUGUGGUGAUAGAGUGUGGGAUGGUAGACAAAUAUCAAGUGAUUACUUCAAAGUGAGCAGGGUUCUGCUUCGGUCAAGUCCCGCCACAACGCCCAUUUCUUAGAGGUUGAUUGAGUACAUGAAAGAUUUAUAAUCCUGCUCUUCCAACCCGAUACAUCCCUUUGUUGUCUCUGAGUUGUGUUUCAGUUACAAUGCACUUGACCAAAUCAUCACAAAUAUUAGUGUAGCAUCUUAUUCAAUGAUACAGUUUCUCACUUUUGGGGUGACUACUUAUUUGUCAAUCAUAUUCUCUUUAUAUGGGUAUAAAGAGAGUAUGAUUGACAAAUCGGUGGUAAUAUUCUGUUUAUAUAUAUAUAUUUAACUAUCAGUGAUUGGUGAAUUGGAAAGUAUUGAUCAAUUGGUUGCUGUAAAUGCCAUGCUGUAUGUAAAUAUGUGCGUGUUGGCAGAAGCGAGAUUUUGACAUCCUGAUGUUGAGGUUUACCUCUGUCCUGCAUGGCACUUAAUUAUCCAGGCUGUCGUCUUUAACUAUAGACUUCCUGGUAAUCUGAUUUGAUAGUCCUUACAGUAUGGAUGAUUUUGAUCCUUAUCGUAUCAGAACUAGAUCUUAAUAAUCCACUUUCACAUCCCAAAUUUCUGCUAGCAACUUAAAUAAACAAACACACAUGGUGAUCAAACUGCAGAUCACAUACUGAGCCAUAUUACUACAAUCAAAUCACAACAGGUUAGCGAACCCCAGAUCCAGGAAAUCAUGGGCUCUAGCCUACUCCAGAAAAUUGAGAAGAGAAUCUGAGCUGCAUUUGGCUACAAUACAGAGCUCAAGAACAUAGAAGUCCUUUUUUUGCAAGACCUUGUAAUUUUGAUUGCUGAAUGUGAAGAGACCAAGGGAGUUGUCCGUUAUGUCAACUAAAGUUACCUGAAACAGACUUUUGUAUCAACUAUCUGAAGGUUGUUUGUGGGACCUUUGUGCAAGUUGAUUAUUGUGAUUCAUGCAUUUUAACAGUAAUACGUUUCAUAAGUGAUUGUGUGAAAAGUUUUUGGGGGGUUUUGAAAUGGUACAAGGCACUGGAUGAAUGUGGGUCUUUUCUAUAUUCAGGCAGUCACGAAUAUUGUAAUAUUUAAAACUAGACUAGUGUGUUGAAAGUGUUUACUUGUGCGUGUCAAAUAGUGAGAUGUCAGUCUACAAUUGCAACUGGAAGCAGGUGUCCAUAAAAGGACAAGUGUGCAAGCUCCAGGAUGGGAACAAAUCUCUUUAAAAUGAUGAAAACUGAGGGGAAAUUUAAGUUACUAGAAAACACAGCAACUUGAAAAAGAAAGAUGAGCACUAUUUUCAGUUUCUAUCUUCUUGUGAAUGGUGUACAUUCUGCUGUUUCUCUAUAGAUGCAGACCUACUCACUGUUUCCAGCAGUCCCUUGUUUUAAGCCUGUUCUGUGCCAUUUGUAUCCUCUCAAGAAUCUAGAUUUUACACAUGUGCAACCAAGGAACGAUUCUAAUAUUGGUAGUCACAUAUUCCAAAUAUUCUUUCAUUCUGUUUUGCUCUUUUGUAUAGCAGAAUUAUUGCUUAGCUGCAGUCAUAAAGGAAAUUGGCUGCAAAUCCUUUGAUAACAAAUAUCUCAGCUGACUAAGUUGUUGACGUUGGGUUGACUUGUCACUCAUUAGUGACCGAAAAAGAGACAUAAAUGCUUUAACAGGUGAUCAAUGGACAUACCAGUGUUAUUACUAAAUAAAAGGGAAGUGUUUUCUAUACGUGCUCAUCAUACAAUCCUCUUGUGCGUGUUUCUUCUUCUAUAGUUUGUAUGUACUUUAUAUUUGAGAGGCUUCUCUUUUCAUUCUGCCUUGCUUUAUGUCAUUAUCUUUUUCUUCCGUACUGUUACAACCUUUCGCUGUCAGUAAUUAUAUUUUUCCUGAAGAAGGGUCCCAACCUGAAAUGCCGUCUGUCCAUUUCCCUUCACAGAUGCCUGACCUGCUGAGUUCUUCCAGCAUUUUGUGUUUUGCAUUAAAUUUUUCUCUCUGAUUGUUACUGUCCGUCUUACUUUGUCUCUGUCAUGUGUUGAAUGACAUUAUAAUUGUUGCUGAUAAUUGAUUUGUUCACAGAUAUUUUCCAAGUCCCCCAGUUACUGUUCUCCCCAUCCCAAACAGUUUAACGCCAAUACUGAAUAUUGGAAAUUGCAAUGCAUGUGCAACUCAUAAAGGGGAGAAGCUUGCAAGGUUGAUGUGCAACACAAUUUUCAACGUUAUAAAUUGACUUUUUCUUUUUGUAAUUCAUUACUAGGAAACAAAUAUUUGUGUUGCAUUCCAUUUUCUUGUGCCCUAUAGUUUUUCAUUGUGGUUUCAGCAUUAGCAGAGAUGAUGAGCAGCACUACACACCAUCACAAUAAUCACUCCAAUCUCUUUAACAAGUUGCUGAAUAAAUCAGCCCUAUGGGAUGCUUUUCAAAUUAAAAUGUUCUGUUGUAGUCCUGUUUCACAAUCCAUCUGCUUUAAUUCUUCUAGGUUGUAACUUAAAAUCUAAUUUUGCAGUACAUCUAAAAUGAAAUCUAAGUUUUGUGAUUUCAGUGAAACCUUUUUAUUGAUAAUUAAUUCCUAUUUUUGAUCUCCACUCCUACCCUUAGAUACUCCUUGCCUGGCUCAUAAGACAGUGCUCUUUGGUUGAACUAUGCAGUCUAUUCCUUGAAGGGGAAGAACUUAUCAGAGGAUACAUCUCAAAUUGACUUAAAUCCUAACUUCAUAAGUACCCAAUUGAUUGUAAGGUAUUUUGGAUCAUCCUCUCAUGAAAAACAUGAGAUGAAUGAACAUUUUUUUAAAUAAAUAGGUAGAUGCAUAGGGUUGACACAGGAUUGCAGCUGCAGAAUGCUUUUAGCUUGGAGCUGCCUUCCAUUGUUUACCAUGUAUUUAAUUUUGCUCUGAGUGAUGUUCACAUUAUGUUCAUCUGCUUGCAGUUAACUAUAGUGCAGCCUGCAUUGAAUGCUUGAGAAACACUAAUUGAUCCAGUGACAUGACCACUAUUCCCAGUUUUAAAACAAACAUAUCUGAGUAUUGACUCACAAAAGCUUGGCUCAGUUGCAAGCUGACCUCGACCAUAUCUUUAAAAUAGUUUAAUAAUCUGCUCAGCACCCAGUGGUGAAUGUUCUGAAUGUAGCUAGAGUGUGUGACCAUCCAUAAUUCAUAUCCUGACAGUGGUUUGGUUUGGGCCAGAUUUCCACAUUUUCUGCCUUCCUAAAGCACAAGAAACAGUUGUAUCGGGCUUUGAAAUAGCAUUUUUUAAAUGUGUUGUGCAAUAUUUCUUCUGUAAAUAUGGAAUUAAUUCUACCUCUCAGGGUUUAAUUGUGGAUAUGCAGGUGCAUUUGAAUUAUGUUUCUAACAGUUGUGUCACUGGGGUAUGGGUAGAACUAAUCUAUCUCAAAGGUUGGACAGAUUACUUCUCUUGGAGUGGAGCAUCAUGUGUAAAAUGGGAAUUCUGUAAUAAAAAAUAUAGGAAAUCAGGGUUUUUCUAUUUGAACUUGGAAGUAUUUAUUUUGUGCAGUUUCAUGUAAUCAAUCAAGUGCAAAAGCACCACGUUACCAGAUAUCAGGUUGACAUUUUCUGAAGCUGAAUAAUGGAAGUUUGAUAACAUUUGACUGAUAAAGGUACAUAUGGGAUGGGGAAUUAAUAGGUGUGGAGAGUUUUGAAAUUUGAGGAGUUUAAUGGCUACAGUGAAGGGCACAAUAGAUGGUGCUUGCCACAGCAAGAAAAGGGUACCCCAAGAGGUUUACGGGUAAAAGGAUUGAGGAUAUAUAAAAAGUUUAUUCCAGGAAGGUUAUAAACAGAUGUGGUGCCAUUUCAUCAUUUUCUUCCUCCUAUCUACAGAUUCAUCUUUUUAUUAAAUAAUUGAACAAUAAAACCCUCAUACGUCCCGUCCUAAAUUUAAGAAGAAAAACUCCUUUUUUUUUAAAGGAGGGAGUGCUGCUGUGCAAUUCAUUGCUGCUCAAAAUUUUACAUUUCUCCAUUAAUAUAAACAACAGUAAAUGUUAUUGUAUGUCUCCUUUGACACAAUGAAAAUUAUGCUUCAUAUUCUAAUGAGUAUUAUGGGAUUAAGUAAAUUUAUUCUCAACCUGGUUUUGACUCGAACCAUUUGGUGAAUUUUUAAUUAUUUAAAAUAUGGUUUGGGGGGUAAAUCGGAUUUGUUCGUUUCUUCUUUUUCUGGCAGUGGUGUGGUUUUUCCAUUAAAAUGUUUAUUCAGAACAAGAGCACAUGCUUCCAAUAGAAGGCCAGUACUACAGUAACAAAGCCUGAAGUCACUGCCUAAGAGUACCAGAAUUUUCUGAUGCAAACUUACUUCCCUGGUGGAAUUUGUCAUUUUUUCUCGGAUUACAUUGUACCCAUCUUCAUACCAACAUUUUGGUCCUUGAAUUUUGCCCUUAAGGGCAAGCACAGUAAAUACAAUUAGCUAUGUAAAUGUUGAAUGUCUCAUCCUGAAAGGGAGUUAGCCUGGGAUUCAGUGAGAUAUUUGUACAAUUUAAAUCUUCGCUGCAAACUGAUCAUAGUCCCCUCAUCAUUGCAUGUUUGGAAUGCAGCCAGCCAGUACAUCCAAUCUGAAAUAACUAUUUUGGUCAGAUAUUCCCAUUAAUUUUGUUUACUUUUUGAUCUUACUGUGAUAGACAUAGGUUGUGUUAGAAUUUGUGUGCAUAAUAUAGAAAUUUCAGGUUCUAUGUAUUACAGGUUUCCCGACACUGGUAUUGUUUCUCAAGCUCAGUGGCUGGAAGCCCUUGAAGGUGAAGGUGUAUGUGUGUGUGUGUGCCAAUGCUCACUGGUGUAUCAUGUCUACCUACAGACUAUUUUUAACUUAAUAACAAGUGUUAAUGGAAGAUAAUGUGAUAAUAAAGUGAAAAGAGAA